GUCCUGGCUGUUAGCUGGAAAAGGCUGAAAAGAGUGCAAGGAACGACAGGUGCCGAGUCGCCCACGUGGUUAACUUAAGCAGCCGUAGACAAGAAGGACCAAGAGAAAGAGGACGAAGAGGAGCGCAAGGCCGACGACGAAGACGACCAAGACGUAGCCCCGCUUCCUCGUCGUGAAGUGGAAGUAUCUGGUUCCUCUUCUCUAUGCUCGCUCUAUACUCGCGCGCCCGGGUGCGAGUAUAGUCAGAUCAGAGGAUGAGUCGAGAAGAACUGGAAGAGGAGAAGGGCUACCCAUUCGGUAGCAAAUGCUGGUAACCCGUCGCAAGGUCAAGAUCAGUCGGUUAAUCCCAUCCAGUCAGCCGAGGGCCCUGCACCUUGCACAACGAACGACACGCUUGUUCUCUCGUUCGCUUAUCGAUACGUUAUUUUUUUACUUGACUUAUCACUUCGGAUUGAUUAUUCGCAUGGUUUUAUUAUCAUUGAGGUUAUUGUUCGUGAAAUUUGCUUAAUUCCGAGACUGAUGGGCUGUUUGGUCCAGUGUUGGUAAAUCGAUAGAAAUUUUUGUGAAAUUUCAGAGGAACGAGAUUCUCGGACGGAUUUAAUAAUUUUAUUUAAUAAUCCGAAGUAAUCACUGGUGAGCGGUGUAUUAAAAAUUAAAAUUGUAAAUUGUAUGAAUUUUUUUGUCACUGAUCAAUACUGUAGUAGACUCUUUGAGUGAUCAUAAUUUUUGUUCUUUUAACUGACGUACUGGUUGACUCGGUGUAAAUUUUAAUACAACAACGGAUUCACGGUGGAGGUAAAGUUAGGGAGUCUGUAGUGGCUCUUCAAAAUCUUCACUUUGAAGAGCCUCUCUCUGUUAUGGAAACUUGCGUCUUGAUACCUAAAGAAUUUUCCCUGGUACUGACAAACGACCAAUCCGCAUGCAAGAAUCUUUUUAAGAAUGAUACGGCCACCCUGGUAGCCGAUCUACGAGUAUCAGUAUGGUCCAACGUCUUCAUACCUUCAGGAACCCUUAUCUAUCCGUUUCAAGGUUCGAUCAGAUUCGACAAGAUAGAUCUCUACUCGCUGCUUGAUGACAAUGACAUCAGGCGCGAAUAUGGCUGCUACGACGAGGUAUCUUUUUCAAAUUACAAUCUAAACAAACGACAAUGUAAUUGGAUAAGAUUUCUACGUAUCGUACAAUCCUACAACGACCAAGUCAAUCUGAUAGGAACGAAAGUCAAAGGAGAGCCGAUAUUUGAAGUUAUAAAGGAUGUCCAACCUGACACAGAAUUAGUAGCAUGGUUUCUGCCAGCAUCCCAAGAAAAUUUUGUCUUUAUAUCCCAUGACGUAUGCUCGCGUUCAGCAAUCUACAGGUGCACCAUCGAUUCCAUUUUGAAUGAGUCGCCGCUGGACCUUUCCAUGGCUUUGCUCUCGGAUCAUUCGUCGACCUCGAACACAACUUCCUUCUACGAGGUAGACGAGUACGAGUCGACUUCGGAGGAAUCAUCGUCGUCCACCCUGUCCUUCGUGGGAGAUCAUUUAGACUGCAGCAUCCUCACGACGAUCAAAAGAGGAGAGAGAGUCCUACUACCGUGUGAAGUUUGCGGCAAAUCCUUCGACCGUCCAUCACUCCUCAAGCGGCAUAUGAGAACUCACACUGGAGAGAAGCCGCACGUCUGCAUGGUGUGCAACAAGGGUUUCUCAACCUCGAGCUCACUGAACACGCACAAGAGGAUACACAGCGGUGAAAAGCCACAUCAGUGUCUCGUAUGCGGAAAGAAGUUCACAGCCUCGUCUAACCUCUACUAUCAUCGAAUGACUCACAUAAAGGAAAAACCACACAAGUGUUCGCAAUGUUCUAAGUCCUUUCCCACACCUGGUGAUCUCAAGAGCCACAUGUAUGUUCACAAUGGAUUGUGGCCGUUCAGAUGUCACAUUUGCAGUCGAGGGUUCAGCAAGCCAACAAAUCUUAAGAAUCAUAUGCUGCUACACUUGGGUAGAUGCUCGAGCAAGAAAUUCAUUAAGUCCCUGCCUGAUUUGUGACUCCAUCAUUAACUUGGUAGACGCUGUUUACGAUAAGUACCUAUAAAUAUGCGUAUCUACUCUCUAAUGAAUUUUAUCUGGACGUCCAUAUCUAUUGCCAUUAAAAAAUCAUUUUCAUUUACCAUGGAAUAAUCGUUACUGAUCACCUCAAUGAACGUUUCAUUUGUUCAAGAUACUGAUGUUGAACAAAUAAAUUUAUUCUGAUCGAAGGAUGUGAUCUACAUUUUCUUUUAUGUCAAGAAGUGGUUCAUUAUAGAUAGAUUUUUAAUGAAGUGUAUAUCAAUUUAUCAAUGCCGAUCGAUACUUGGUAUGAAAAUAUUUUUGAUGAAAUAUUCGAAAAAUGAAACGAUGUGUUAUCGCACUACUAUUCGAACUGAUAGGUUAAUAGCAGCUGAAUAAUUUAUUUCAAAUAAACCCGCCAUCUUCUUAUGGUAACGCGACCAAUCAAAAUGGAUCUACCUCAGCCAUGCGCUGGUGGAUAUCGAUAUCGAGAUAAGGGAGACAAUUUUUACUAAUUACAUUCUAUCUAUAUUAUUCUCGAAAAUAGUGAGCGUUCUUUUCUUAAAGUUAAUGAUUUACGUGUAAUAUUGUUCGCAUGUGUGUCUAACUUUAGGGAAUGUUUGUGUGCUGCCAUAUUUUUCAUUUGUUUCAAUUAAAUAUCGUGUCUAUUUAUUGUUAAUGACACUACGCUAUGUACAAAGCAUGACCAAUAUUGUUCGUUGCCAUUACCGUUAAAGUUAAUAGAUAAAUGGCAUUCUAUUAAUAGCGAAUAAUCGCCAUUGACUAUUUAUAUAUUUUACAAUCCAAUAUAUUAUCAUAAUACGCCACGUACUCGGUGUUAUUAUAGUUUUGCCAAUAACCCGAUGUUAAUAAAAAUAUUAAACGAAA